AUGGAUGGAGAUUUUGUUUUGCUGAUUUCAAAUUCACCAGAGCUGAGUUUGAUGCCGGAAAUGGUGACUUUAGAGCCAGCGAUGGAUGGAGAUUUUGUUUUGAUGAUUUCAAACUCACCAGAGCUGAGUUUAAUGCCGGAAAUGGUGACUUUUGAGCCAGCGAUGAAUGGAGAUUUUGUUUUGAUCAUUUCAAGCUCACCAGAGCUGAGUUUGUUACCCGAAAUGGUGACUUUUGAGCCAGCGAUGAACGAAGAUUUUGUUUUGAUCAUUUCAAACUCACCAGAGCUGAGUUUAAUGCCCGAAAUAGUGACUUUUGAGCCAGCGAUGAAUCGAGAUUUUGUUUUGAUGAUUUCAAACUCAUCAGAGCUGAAUUUGAUGCCCAAAAUGGUGAAUUUUGCACCUCUUUUCCCUGAAGUGCAACGC